CGGCACACAGGCUGUGUCAAUGGUUUCUCUCUGCUAAAAAAAACCUUUAAACCUAAAAAUGGAGGCCUCCCUCGCUUCCUCUCUCCGUGACUCGCCGGAAAAAUUUCUCAGAAUCGCCGGGAAAAUCCAAUCCAGGCCGGAAAAAUCGUCCCUCAAAACCCUAAUAUGGACCACACCCUCCUCAUCUUUUCCUCCUUCUCUUCCUUCUUCUCUCUCCGACGUCAUCUCCAGAUGCGUCAAAGAAUUCAAGAAGUCAUUGGGAUCUGGAAAUUUCCGACAUCAAAGCCAAAAUUCCGGCCAUCAUAAUGAAGAUUCCGAUCCUCAAAGCCAAAAUCUUGACCAUGAAAUUGAAAAUUCUGGCCAUGAGAAAGAAAAUUCCGGCCAUGAGAAAGAGAAUUCUGGCGAUGUUGAAACACCACCACCUCCUCCCACUAAGAAACUAAGGCGCUCAACCAGAAACCCUAAACCUAACCCUAAUCCUGAUACCAGUAUCAGAAGAGAGCAAGCCCUACUCCAUGAGCUCCAUAUCUACACUUGCAUUGCUCAUCUCUGCACUUUUCACCCCAAUGGCGCUUUUCCACCAUCAGUUUUACUCCCAGCUGUUCAAGCCCUCCAUGAUAGCCUAUCCAUCUAUGAACCUGACCCGAAUUUACAGUUAUCCAUUGCUUCCUUAUGCGAAGAGUGGUGGAAGAAGAAUCUUCCUGAUAAAGAAACCCUAAUUUCUCAGUCUGUUCCCUAUCUGCUGUCUCGAUCUCUUUCUCAGGGCAAAAAGUCAGAUCUUCGUAGGGUUUAUGCUCUAAAAGAGACUCUAACUUUCUUUGAUUUCAUGGACACUAGUAUUGAGGACUUGAAACUCCUUCUGGUUCGAUGUGUUAUCACUCCACUAUAUUUGAAGACAGAAGAGGGACGAAAAUUCAUAGCUUUUUUGUUCGGUCUCAACAUUCAGCUUUUGAAGGAGAUUUUGGCCAUGAUUAGGUCACAAAUCCCUUUUGGGAGGAAGUCGAUGUUAGAAGGUUAUGGAGAGAUUGUUUUUAGGGCAUGGAAGGUUGCUGAGAGUUUGACACGUGAGGAAAUCGACAAUGGAUUUUUACAGAGUUUGAUUGAGGGUGCCAUACAUGCUGGUUCAAGAGUGCUGGCUUCUUCUGCAAGGAGGGUUUUGGGGGCAUUUGUGAACCAGCGAACAAUAGUAGGGGUUGAAGGUGUUCUUUUUCGGCUUACUGAGCCUGUGUUGUUUCGAUCCUUGCAGGUUGCAAACUCCAAUGUCCGUCAGAAUGCACUGCUUUUACUUAUUGAUCUUUUCCCCCUUGAAGAUCCAAGCGCUACAAAAGAAGUUCAAGAUACACUACUAGAUAAACAGUUCUUCUUGUUGGAGAAACUGCUCAAUGAUGAUUGCCCAGGUGUGAGGGUUGUUGCUGUAGAAGGGACCUGCCGCAUUCUUUGUUUAUUUUGGGAAGUCAUUCCCUCUUCUACCACAUCAAAGUUGCUAUCAAGAAUAGUUGAGUCUAUGUCAUGUGAUACGUGUAGCGAGGUGCGUUUAUCUGUUUUGAAUGGGUUGAUAUAUUUGCUCAAUAACCCACAAACUCAUGAAGUACUUAAAGUGUUGCUUCCAAGGGUAGGGCGGAUGUUCCAGGAUCCUGUUCUUUCUAUAAGGCUGGCUGUUGCAGAUCUUCUUUUAGCAUUGAAAGAUGUUCUCUCCUUUCAAUACACUAAGGUGGUGGGCAUCGACACGUUAGUAUCUUCUCUUGCAGAAGAUCACCCUCUAGUUUCUAAGAGAGUAACCCGGCUACUGAUUCCAUCUUACUUUCCCUCAAAUCUUCCUGUUAAAGAGGCAUGUAGUCGGUGUAUCACACUCAUAAAAAGAUCUCCUCAAGCUGGUGCAAGGUUUUGCGAAUAUUCACUUUCAGAAGGGUCUUCACCUGAGUCCCUCUUGGAGCUCGUCAAAGUCUUUGUCAGUCUGGUCCUCUCAGCUAAUGAUAUGAACCCUAUUAAUAGGGAUGGAAUUUUCAUGGCUCUUGGCAAGCUCUGUUGCAGUCUAUCUAGUGACGCAUCCUGUAAGGAAGUUCUUCAGAAAUUGUUUUCAGGGAAAAUUCUUCGUAGACUACUCACUUCAGGAACUAGAGUUUGUGCUCAAGCAUCUAUCCUUGAAAUUGCUUCCACAUUCUCUACUACAGAUGUAUCUAAGCUUCUUGAAAUUUGUGUUGAUUUAGUCACCGAGUGUGGGAAUUUGUGUGAGGACACAGAAAGGCAAGCAGCAGUAAGGUUUGCUCAUACAUUGCUAUUGUCUUUUGAUUUGUUUGAUGAAUUGUUAGAAACAUUGACAAACCUUCUCCAACGUCUGUCAUCUGGCAUCCCCAUCAAUUGUGGCCAUCAAAAGUUGAAGAAGAAAUCAAAGAAAAAGUCAAGGCUUUCGUCCUCCAUCAAAAACUUGAUCAAACAAAAAUACACCAAGGGAAACAGACUGCACAAUUCAGGCCAGUCUAAUGUUGGGGAUGAUCUUCUUGUUGCUGGGGCAGCAUGGCAGGUAAAUGACAUGCUUACAGCAGUUAACACAAGGAGGGCUUUGUUAGAUUCUCCAAUAUUAGGAUCAGUUUUGUCUGCUCUUAAGUCUGUCUGUCAGACGAUUAUUGAGCAGUGUCUUGACAGUAAAUGUCUGAAUACUUCCCCUGUUCGGGCUUACAUUGCUCUCAGCAUGCACAUGGCUCUCCACAGUAUCAACUUAAGUGAUACAAAUGUACCUGGUGAAGUUGAGAAUAGUGUCCUGCAUUCAUCGUCUUCCUUGCCUACUCAAUCAGGGAUUGACUAUCAGCUCGAUUACAUUCUUGCUUGUACAGAAAAGCUUUUUGAUUCAAGUCAAAAUCAAGACAUCAAAUGUUCACCAUUCAAAAAUAAGAAAGGGCAGGCAAGGUGUCGUAGAUCCAAGCGCAGAGAACCUUUAGUAGAUGUCCUACAAGAAUCUGAACUUGAUGUCACACCCACUGCCAGUGAUUCUAUGGGAAGACCCAAUUUACUGAAAAUGGUAACUACCAUCCUCAAGUCCAUCUUGGAUGCUGCGGCCCUAAGGCUUAUUUCCCAUUCUCAAAAAAGGUGCUUGCUCUUUGCAUCAGCAUAUAUCAAAUACGUCAACUCAAUUCUUCAUACUCCCAACCAACAUCACUCCAAUUCACGAAUGAAGUUGGGAGAUUCUAAGCUCACUUCUCUUUAUCUCAAAAGCUCAUUCAGCUAUGUUGCCAAGCUUCUCAAUUGGUUUCUCACAGAUCCCCACCUUUCUCACUUGUUGGUAGCUGCUUCUUACUUAGCGAGCGACCUACUAGACCUUUUCUCUUUCUUGGAGCCAAGCCUUGGAUCCAGGCACACAUCUUGGUUUGCACCAACGGCCAAGCCAUGGUUGCCUGACCUGAUUCUUGCAUUGGGUUCAAGAUGGAUCAAGGAUGAGGAGCCAGACAAAUUGGUUCAUGAAGAGGCAGAUAAGGGUAGGGAAUGUCCUAUGUGGAUCCAAACUCUCGCUAGUCUUGAACUUGCUGAAAUUGAUCUUUUAAAUAAUCAGGAAGUCAAGGAAGAGAGUGAAAGUAGCAGUUUCUCAAGUGGAGGCCAUUCUUUGUUUAAGAAGCUUGUUGGAAUGGUUGUUGAAUUGUUGAGGAAAGGGGAUCCUAAAAUCAGGUGGGCUAUUGGUGCCUUCUUCAUGUCAUGGUUGGAGUGUGGGUUGGCAAGAAAGGAUUGUGGUUUGGUGCUUGGGCUUGUGAGGUUUGUGUAUGUGAAGGUGAUGGGCUGUGGAGAUGGUUGUUGUGUGGAGGACCAUGGCAUGAUGGUUGGGUGCAUGAAAGAGAUUUUAUCCAUAAUAGAUGAAGCUUUACAAGAUUCAGGGGUUGGCCAAGAAGGCAAGAAGAAGUUGCAAACUGCAAAUGCCAUGCUUGAAUCUGUAUGUAUGCUUCAUGCAUAAUGUGGUCUUUCCUCCAUGACAUGGUUCCAUAAUGUAUGAUGCGAAUUUCAUGCAUGGGAUGCUUCUAGUGACAUUUGUGUAUGUGAACUUGUGUAAUUAAAGUAUUUGGCGGGAAGUUGCAGCCA